GAGUGAGUCUUUCCUUCUCGGGCAUCCGCUUCUGGGGUUUCUACAGACACCGGGCCAGGCACACACCGUAGGCGCCUAAUCUCUGCAGGGAGAAUGAGGGGCGUGCUUGUUUGCGAAUGUCUCCGGGCCCCCUGAGGACUAAGUACACAGCAGCUCUAGGAGGAGGUGGAACUUUACUGGGAGCCUAUCAGAGAUGCCUCUUUUCGGGAAUAAGUUCAGUCCCAAGAAGACGCCCCCUCGGAAGUCAGCCUCUCUCUCCAAUCUACAUUCUUUGGACAGAUCCACUCGGGAGGUCGAGCUGGGACUGGACUAUGGAGCGCCAACCUUGAACCUGGCUGGGCAGAGCCUCAAGUUUGAGAAUGGCCAGUGGAUAGCAGAGUCAGGUACCUGUGGAGGCGUGGACCGCAGGGAGGCCCAGCGACUGCGCAAGAGGAAUAAGCAGCUGGAAGAGGAAAACAAUCUCCUGCGAGUCAAAGUGGAGAUCCUGCUGGACAUGCUCGCUGAGACCACAGCCGAGUCCCAUCUCAUGGAGAAGGAACUGGAUGAACUGAAGAGCAUUAGCCAGAGGAGGAAGUGAUGUCAGAGGCACCGAGCCCCGGGGGUCAGUACAAAGGGGUAAGGGAAGAGGGAGGACUGGCCCUGGUGGAGGUACUGACGGAGCACGCUGGCACGCAGGACUGUCUCGGGCCGGGCCUCCGGGCCAAGAGAGGAAGAGGAGCUCAUUCUAGAGCCUGGAAAUCUUGGUGUGAUAUGGCCGACAGCAGCUCCAUCCAAGACAUGUGCUUCGUUCAGAUGGAUUGUCAGCUCGCUCCUACCUGGCCCCAGCCACGACAAGCUCUGGGGUCCAGCUUUGACCCUGUCUGGUUUGUCUCUCUCCUAAAUUAGUAACUCUGCAGCUUCAUUGGCUCAUCUGGCCCUUCUGCCUGCUCCCAUGGGAGUGCAGGUGUUCUAGUUUUUACUAUUAAUUUUUAUUAAAGGUGAAAUCAGUUCUGUGGCUCAGGUGAUUCUGCCUCCGGUGAACAGGGGAGACUGGCCAUCUGUGGCGCCUUGCAGGCAGGUAGAACCAGAGCUUUUGUGGUUCAGAGGAAGGAGGGAAGCCACGCAGCGGGUGCUCACAGGUGGUUUUGAUAAGGUCAGGGUAUGACAGGUUUCUCUUAUGAACCACAAUGGGGGGAAGGGCUGGGAUCCAAUAGAAGGAUGUGCCUUGCAGAAUUUGAAGCACAACAUAAAGGCUCCAGGCCUUCAAUCCAGUGAGGACUUCAGGCUUUUCCCUCUGACCAGGACCCCACAUGGGAGCUGAGCCAAGAGUGCCCAGUGGCCUCCAGUGCUCUGCUGGGCUUCUACUUCCCACACGGCAGCCUUAGGGGAGGGAGCUGGGGACUCUCAGGUGAAACUUAGGGCCAGAUCACUGUGCUGGGAGCCGAUGACACCAGAAGUGGAAGGUGCACCGAGAUGAUCCUGCCAAAGGGCACAAACGACCAGAGGAUCCAAGGGUGCCCCAAGCACUCUCUUCUGGAGUGGAUACAUCACCACCGUGAGGCGGGAUGAACAUGGAGGUGACUUUUGAGUCCUGCCUUCUCCAAGGCCCAGCUUGUGGGCUAGCAGGCCAGUGUCUUAUGCUCCAGGUUCUGGGGACUCCAUGGCCAAAAUGAAAUAGUCCCUUCCCUCAAGUUUAUAGGCUCCUGGGGCAAACAGCCUGACUACCACUAAGUCAGACAAAAUCAUAAGUAAACACACAUGGUAAUCAUGGAUAGCUUUAGAUUUGUAGCCCAUUUUUCAUGUGGCCAUUAAUCAGGGGGAAAGAAUACCAGACUUCAGGGCAGCUAGGUGGCACAGUAGAUAGAGCAUCAGCCCUGAAGUCAGGAGGAUAUGAGUUCAAAUUUGACCUCAGACAUCUGUGUGACCCUAGGCAAAUCACUUAACCCUCAGCAGGAAAAAAAAAAAAAAAAAAGACCAGGCUUCCCAGGGACAAUUUUAAUAUCAUA